UACCAGCAGCACUACAGCAGGCAGCAGCGAAUUGGUGAGACCGACGAGCACGAUUAUCCUUUCCUUUCUCUCGUUCUCUCGCGAGCUCGAGCUCGCGGUUGUUCAGCUUCAUCCUCCUCGUAAUUUCGUGAUUGUAUCAGUUUAUUUUGUGCAGUGUACAGAAGACGGUCACUUCGGUGUUUUUGUGAAUAACGGAGAGUUUCUGGUCUUCGAAGACCAUUUUAUCCGAAUCCGCAGUUCGACCAUUGAUUGAUAUUGCGCGAUUUUUUUUACGAUUUUUUGUUUAUUUUCGCGAAUGAAUUUGGUGUUGUGCAUGAAAAAAAACAAUAUGCAGUUCGGUUUUGUACUCUUGAAGGAAUGUGCAAUUUGAUCGUUUGAUCGAAACAGGUAAUAAAUGAGUUUUAUUUUCAAUUAAACGAUGAAAUCCACCGCCAGGCCAACACACAAUGGCAAUGCAUCCGGAACGUAAUAUCCCACACUUGUGGGAUAUCUUCGGUAAACCUUCACCUCGCGAAGAAUGUCUGAGCAAAGAUUUCCAAAAAAUGAAACUCGACUCGUCUGCGACGAGUAACGGUAACGACAGCGCCAUAUCGGUCGGCUCGACCAGCGACGAAGACACCAAUCAAACCAUCACACCGACCAAAAAGAAGAAAAAAGGUCGCAAAGAGCAGUCCCUCGAACCAGAGGUCAAGUAUCUCGAAAGGCAUUUAUCUAUGAAGAAAACCAUACGUAAGAAAAUCAUGCGCGAUCUCCAAAAGGCUUUCGUCGAAGACCCCAACGAAUUCCGCGUCGAAGACAUCCCUCCGGAGCAGCUGAAAGCCGAAAUCAAUCUGCAAAGCUUGAGUUUCGCGCCGGCUGGCAAGAAGAAGGAUAAGAAAAACAACGAAUCAAACUUUUUAGACUUUUUAAGAACCGGUAGCGGUGACAGCAAGUCCAGCAACGCUAACAAUAAGAUAAAUAGGAAAACGUACAAAGAUCUAGAUGGCGAUUCCGGUCACGGAUCUCCUACUACCGAAGAAUCAGAAGAAGAGGAUAAGAAAACCCGUUUUUGGAAGAGGUUUACCAUGAAAGGCAGUAGAAAUAAGCGAUAAUUUUUUUCGUAAUUAGUAAUUACUGUGAUCCUUUAAGUACAUAGGUUUAGUUGUAUAAAUGAAAUGAAAAAAAAAAUUUUUUCCUUAUGCAAGGGCCUCGUCGUCGUAUUGUAAUUCCCCCCCCCCCCCCGCCCCCCUUUGGUAGCCCUAUAAACGUGGAAAAAGUUUCGUUGUUGCGGGUACCUACCUACUGCAUUGGCACGAUAUUCUUUGAUAUUCCCCCCCCUCUCUCUUACGUGGACCGAAAAAAAAUAAAAAACUCGUAUUUAUUAUUUUGAGUGAAAUGAGCCUUUGUCUGCGUAAUGAUGAACAUGUCGCUCGUCUUUUAUUCGAUACACGUCUCUUUGUUUAGGUGUCCUCCGAUUUCAGUGGUUCCUAAGAUACCUAUCUAUGUACGAGCUGACUAACAAAAUCAUACCUAUCCACAGACAGAGAGUGAAUACGAUAUGCGGUCAUAUCGAUGAUAUUGAUGCUGGUCGAUUCGAUUCGUAAACUAUUCUAAAUUUCUUAAAUAAGUACACUUUUACGAUCGCGAUUAACAGAUCGGAUCUGGAUUUAAUGGCCGGCCACGUACUGUCUUCGGUAUCUUGGUCGUAUAUUUUCUCACUUUCUAAACUAGGCACAGACACUAUCGAUUUCAUAUUUCUUCGCACAUCGAAUUAUGAAAUCAUAAAUGUGCCAAAAAAAAAAAUGACGAAAAGCAAAAUUGCGACGAUGAACCGAUGAAAUAUACGACCAACGAUUCGAAUAAGACGUUUGAGCUCGUCGUCCUAUUGAUCGAGUCGAGAGACGAUGAAAAAUGAUGUAAUUUAGGGUAUUAUUUUUGAUUACUGUAUAGCAGCGUUUGGAUUUUGUAACGCGAGCGAGCUAAAGCCGACGCCCUUGCAUUUUGUAUACUGUUCAUUAUUAAUAAUUACGUGUGACGGAUAAAUAAAUUUUCUGCGAUAAUCGAUUA